UCUUCACACCUUAUUCCUCACUCCACACACCCAUCAUAAAAUCUUUCUCUUCAAUUUCUCUCUCUUCAUAUCUCUCCACCAAAAGCCAUGGGUCCGGUGGUGCUCAGCCAACUAGCCACCGGUCUGAGCGUGCUGGCCGGAGCGGUCAUCGUCAAGUCGGUCAUGGACCAGAAGCCCAUGGCCGGCCCAUUCACUCGCUGCCCCACCUGCAACGGAACCGGUCGAGUAACCUGCCUCUGUUCGCGUUGGUCCGACGGCGAUGUCGGAUGCUCCACGUGUUCCGGCUCGGGUCGCAUGGCCUGCAGCAGUUGCGGCGGCUCCGGCACCGGUCGACCCUUGCCGGCAAAAAUCGUGAUUCGCCCUCCCAGCCGUCCCUCUUAAUUCCCCCACCUCUGCUUUUAGCGUUAGUAUAACAUUUUAAUAUAAUAUAAUAGAAUCUCUCUCUCUAUAUAUAUACCUUUUUCAAUUUUAUUUCAUCUCAAUCAAUUGCCGUGUACCUAUUACUGUUAUUAUUUGCUCACAAUUACCAUGUAAUAUAAAGUGCACGUUGACACUUGUAAUCAACAGAGAGCUCAGAUUAUUAGUA